UCAGCCGGCAGCGCCACUUUUGCCCAUUAUUUAAGUUAUCCUUUCUUUUAUGAAUUGAUUCUCUGUCGUCUAAAUGGUUGCUUCACCGAUUUCAGAAUGAAUCAGAUUCUUUUUUUGCUUCUGAUUUCAAUUGUUUCAGCAGAAGCCCUAAUUACUUGUUAUCCAGGAAUAUGCAACGGUGUAAAAUGUCAGGACGUAGAAUGUACGGAAUGUGAAACGUACGUCGAAAAUGGUGGAUUCUGCGGAUGUUGUCCAGAAUGUAUCACAUAUUUAGAUGAAGGAGAUCAAUGCCCAGUUACACGUUUUGUAGGAGGUCCACCACCAACAGUAAAGUGUAAAGACGGUCUAAUUUGCCAAGAAAAUGAGGAAAAUGUCUACGUAUGCACUCGUCCUCGUCCUCGCACUUGCAAUAAUUAAUAUAAACAGUUUUGGGUGUAAAUAAACACUUCAAUA